AAAGGGAAUAAAAAAAGAGGUUUAAAAAGGAGGAAUUUUCAAAAAAGACACAACAAAAAAAAACCUUCAUUUGUUCUGUGCUGUCUAGUAGUAACGUUUGCUACUACUACCACCACUUUGAAGAGGUUGUGUCUCUUCUCAUAAAAAACAAUGUCUACAAAUAUGGCGAUGAUCCUCACUUUGGUGAUUUCGUUACUCUUUGCUCAACCCUCUACCUCAAGUCGUGUAUAUGGAACAAACUUGGCAGGAGGCAAGACCAUAUCAACAAGCAUAGAGGUUGGAAGAUUUGGGAAUAAUGGAGGUGAUCCUAGUGUUGGAAGAGUAGUAGAAGAUUCAACAAGAAAAGUCCCAACGGGACCUGACCCUCUUCAUCACAACAACAACCCUUUACGCCCUUAAUUAAAGUUAGCUACUGAUUUUUUUAUUAAGUAAAAGCUUAACUUUAUUAUAUAUCUCUCUUUGAUGGUGAACACUACUGAUUAUUAUUAUUAUAUUAUUAUUCUACUUGAUGUACAUUUUGCUAAAUGGCUUCUAAGGCAUGUUUUGUGCAAUAUGCUUAGCUUGCUUGCUAUUGUAAAUAAUCAGAAAUAGAUAUAUAUUAAUUAGUAAUUAUGAGCAAUGAAUGGUACAAUUAGUAUUAAUUGUAUUUUUUCC